AUGGCGCUCGACCUCGAGGUGGCGGCGGUGCUCGCCGUGGCGGUGCUCAUCGUCGCCCUCGCCCUCGCCGCCUCGGGCGCCUGCAGGGACGACGCCGGCGCCGCGGCGGCGGCCGAGGACGUGGAGCGCGCGCUCGGCGACGCGACGCUGGUGGCGUACGCGCAGGUGGGCGAGGCGGCGAGGGCGCGGCAGCGCUGCUGCGCGUUCUGCCAGUCGGAGUACGCCAAGGCGCCCGAGGAGGUGGUGCGCGUGGUGCCGGCGUGCGGGCACUUCUUCCACGCCGCGUGCGACGCCGACCGGUGGAUCCGGGCGCGCCGGACGUGCCCGCUCUGCCGGGGCGCGCUCUGGCCUUCCGCGCCGCGCCUGCCGGGCCGCGCCGCCGUCGUCGUAGUGGUAGUACCGUAG